AUGACUUUCGUACUCGUCACGUUCUGCUGCAUCUUUGCAGCGCUGGGCUCAUUCCUCUUUGGCUAUGACUCUGGCGUGAUUUCCUCCAGCAUUGAGCAAGAGGCCUUUCUGCACCGUUUCGGUUCCCCAGGCCUGUCCGACGCUGCGGCCGGCGGAAUCAUCUCCUCGUAUACAGGCGGCGCUGUCGUGGGCUCAGUCCUCGCCCCAUAUAUUGCGGAUCAUUAUGGUCGCCGGAUGGUGAUUUUUAUCGGCGGUUUGCUCGCGACUCUUGGUGCGGCGCUGCAGGGCGGUGCUGUCACGGUUGCGAUGCUGAUCGCUGGUCGAUUCAUCGCGGGGCUGGCAAUUGGUCAAAUGUCUGCUACUAUUCCCGUCUACUGCAGCGAGGUCGCCCCGCCGCAGAUUCGAGGCAUGCUAGCGAGUAUACAGCAAUGGAUGAUUGGCUUGGGAAUUAUGAUUGCUCAAUGGACAGGGUACGGGUGUUCCCUCCACGGGGGUACCUUUUCCUGGCGCUUCCCCCUCUCCUUCCAAGUGGUUCCGGCCAUAAUUCUCACAUGUGGCGUUUGGUUCCUCCCGGAGUCCCCAAGGUGGCUGAUUGAGAAAGGCAGACAGGGCGAUGGCCGGUCCGUUCUCGCUCGACUGCAUCUCAACCAAAGCGCCACCAAUACCCAACUCGUCGAGGACGAACUCACCCAAAUCUACGAUAGUCUAGAAUCAGAACAGCAAUCUACAGUGCGCUCAUGGCGCCAACUCCUCCGAUCACCGCGCUGGCGACACAGAAUCCUGCUCGCCUGCGGCCUACAGGCUUUCACGCAAUGCAGCGGCACAAACGUCAUCCAGAACUACGGUCCACGUCUCUACAAAUCACUCGGGCUAUCAACAACCAAGUCACUGAUGAUAAUCGGUAUCUGGGGUGCGCUGGCUGUGUUCUGGAACUCGGUAUUCAUGUUAUUUAUCGACAAAGUCGGACGCCGGAAGCUACUUAUCCCAUCACUGUUCGGAAUGGGAGCAGCCAUGUGCGUUGAAGCGACGCUCGCACGGUAUUUCGACUUUGACGACAGCAACGCCAAUCCUGAUGCUUUGCGCGCUGCUAUCGCCAUGUUCUUUGUGUUUUCCUUCUGCUUCACGGCCCUCGGAAUGAUCUCGUGGAUUUACCAGUCUGAGAUUUUCCCCACGCCCAUUCGCGCGCGUGGCUCGUCAAUGGCCACAGCCACGAAUUGGAGUCUUAAUCUGAUCUUCGCGCAGUGCUCCCCAAUUGCGCUCACAAGUAUCGGGUAUAAAUAUUUCUAUUGCUUUGUGGCGUUCAACUGGGCUGCUAUGGUCAUUGUUUGGCUAUAUUAUCCGGAAACUGCGGGGCGUUCUUUAGAGGAAGUCGAGGACGUCUUUUCAGUUGAAGUCACGCGCCAGACGGACGAGGCGCUUGUUGCGGAAACGACGGUCGUUGGCACUGCGGCGCGCUCUCAGAUUCGACGGAAGGGAUUGCAUCCGCUGUCGAUGAAUCCCACUUUCGAUAACAUCAGUAUUUUGAGUGGGAGGAGUGGAUCUGAAAAAGGAAUCGAAGUGAGGGAGGUUUGA